UCAACACGGAAGUAACCUUCAGCCGGAAGUUCCUGGGCCCGCCUGAGGACGGGUGGGGGCGGGGAGCCGCAGCGGACUGCGGGCAGGAUGGCGGCUCAAAUUCCAAUCGUGUCUGCCACUUCUACCCCGACCAUAGCCAGGAACAGCAAGAAAAGGCCAGCCAGCCCUUCCCACAACGGCAGCGGCGGGGGAUACGGCACCAGUAAAAAAAAAAAGCUCUCCGCCUCCAGCUUUGCUCAGGGUGUCAGCAUUGAAGCUGUGAGUGAGAAUAAAAUGGUGUCCUCUGAAUUUAGCUCGGGGCCUGUAGAAAAAGCUGCCAAACCGCUGCCUUUUAAGGAUCCCAACUUCGUGCACUCUGGCCACGGCGGCGCAGUAGCUGGCAAGAAGAACAGAACCUGGAAGAACCUCAAACAGAUCCUCGCUGCUGAAAGGGCAUUGCCAUGGCAACUGAAUGAUCCUAACUACUUUAGUAUUGAUGCUCCUCCAUCCUUUAAGCCAGCUAAGAAGUAUUCCGAUGUUUCAGGCCUUCUUGCCAACUACACAGACCCUCAGAGCAAGCUGCGGUUCAGCACCAUCGAAGAGUUCUCCUACAUUCGCAGGCUGCCGUCUGAUGUCGUCACAGGCUACCUGGCCCUGAGGAAGGCCACGAGCAUCGUUCCCUGAGCUGGGAAGUGGAGAUGAGGUGGAAAUGACCUUGAAAACAGACUCUGCCCUUGUGGUUUUGUUUCAGGGAAACAGAUGUGUUCUGCUGUCAAUCCAAGAGUGUCAGCUCUGUGUCGUGCAAAGAUUGCCUGGCUUUACCAUGAGGGGCUUUCUGACUUUUUUCCUCCAAAUGUGAUGUUCCUCUUUUAAGUCAUACUUCAGUUGUUGCAAGUAAAAAUUGUUUGAUAAGAAAAUAUAGUAAACUUAUGCAUUUAAAUUAA